AUGAGAGAUCGUCAGGAAAAUACCCCACCGUCGUCGAUUAACGGCGACGAUGUAAUUGGAAUGGAUGGGGAGAAUGACGAGGAAUUAAUCUAUUUGGGUGAAUUGGAUGACCUUCAGUUCGAUGAUGACGAAAUGGUGGACGAUCAAGAAGAAGAGUAUGAUACAGGCAUGGAAAGGCCUGAAGAUCAAUCGCAGCUAGCCUUUAAUAAACAUACAGGUUCAGUGUUUUGUUGUGAUCUCCACCCAAAUGGUAAAAUUGCAGUUACUGGUGGAGAAGAUGACAAAGCUUAUGUCUGGUCAGUUGAAACUGGCCAGGUAAUCAUGGACUGCGUGAACCACAAGGAUUCGGUAAUCUUUGUGGGAUUCAGUUUCGAUGGUGUGUAUUUAGCUACAAUUGACAUGUGUGGUUUAAUUAAAGUAUGGAAAUGUAAUUUAGAAAAUCAAGAACCAUGGUCUGUUGCAUUUGAGUAUGAAGCUGAUGACCUCAGCUGGGGUCUAUGGCACUUUGGAGCUAGAGUUCUUAUUUGUGGGGCAGUUGCUGGAGAUAUAUAUAUUUUUAAAAUUCCGUCUGGAGACAUUAAAGUAUUACAAGGACACAACAUAAGGACAGACUGUGCAAAGAUAUUCCCAGAUGGUGUAAGAUUAGCAGCAGGAUAUGAAGAUGGAGCUGUAAAAAUAUGGGACCUUAAAACAAAUGCUGUACUUCACCAAGUCCCCAAUGGAAUGCAUGAUACUCGUGUUACAGCUAUUGAUAUUCACCCAGAGAAUAACCUUAUGGCUUCUAUAUCUACCGAUGGGAAAGUGGUCUUAACAACAUCAGUGAAUGGAAAGGUUGUAGCGCAGCUGGAAGCAGAAAAUGAUUUGGAAGCUGUUGCUUUUUGUCCUGAUGCACAAUUGGAUUAUUUUGCUUUAGGUACUCUAAAUGGUUCUAUCACAAUUUGGGACACAGCCAGGCAAAUGAUUAGACAUUCCUGUGCAAAAUCAGAAGAAGAUGUGUCAGCGGGUGUAACUAAAAUGAUAUGGAUCAAGGACCAACUCCUUACUGGCUGUCUUGAUGGCUCUUUAAGAGUUUAUGAUGGAAGAUCUGGUGAAAGAAGUACAAUGCUAACAGGACAUUGGUCAGAAAUACUGGAUCUUGUUUAUAAUGCAAAGGAAAAUAUUGUACUGUCCACAUCUGAUGAUGGAACAGCAAGGAUAUUUAAAUACCCUAUCCAAAGUGAUAAUGAUUAA